UUUUGCCGUUCAUCACAAAAUGUCUUUUAGGGUAAUGGCAGUGUAGUCAGUGUUGCUGUACAGUGCAGCCUCCUACACAUUAGUGUUCAUUUCUCCAAAGUAACGGGUGCUUGAAACCGACAAGUGGACACAAAAGCAGAAUUUUUAUUACAUGGAUAACUCGAUUUGGAUGGGAAUGAAUAUCAUAAAGGAGAUCGUUGCUGCCAUGAACAGAUCAGGGAAGUCACAAGAGGAAGAGGAACGUAUACGUCAAAUUAUGCAAAAUGUCUUGACUGAGAAUUCUACUUCUGCAAGUGCAUCCGAGAGUGUUAUUCAUACAGGAGAUCUGGUAAAUCGCAUGAUGCAGCUCCUAGAGCAGAACAUGACCAAACAGACAGCCGAGCUUCAUGCAACUGUGCAGGAAAGAGAUCUGUAUAAAGUUAAAAUGGAAGAACUGAAUCGCAGCAUGAAUCAGCUGAUGAUGAAUCAGGGGGCUCAUGCUUCAGAAGGAGAAAGAUCAGGAUUUACACCAAGACAGAGGAAGCUUGCAGAAAUGUUACAAGAACUUCAAGAAAUGCGAGAAAGUAAAUUGCAUGAACAGAGAACCCCAGGAGAGCCAUUUACCAGGGGUGGAAAUGGAGGGGGUGGGGGUGGUGGUGGUUAUGGUGCCAGGAGGCCACAGAACCAAGGUCAUGCACAAGGUGCUUUUAGCAAAUUUAGCAGACAGGACAAAGGUGAUGCUCUGUUUGGUCAAGGAAAGCAUCCUUACAAUCAGAACAAAGGGAAGUCCACAGAAAACCUUGAGAUGGUUGACCAUGCAGAAUGUAAACCAGGGGGCUUCCAAGAUAAACCCUUCCAGAGAAAGCAGUACCAGAAAUAUCCAGAACAACUUCAAACAUUUCCACAAUAUGGUGACAGAUAUGCGAGCCCACAUUUCAGUAAUACGGUUUCUGGUCAUGAUCAUGGUUCCCAUUCUGAUAACAGGCCCAAGCAGCACAAUACCAAUUCUGAAUUUAGCAACAGAGCUGAAACACAGAAUAAGCAAUAUCAUGGUCCCAAUAGAGGUUACUUUCAGCGCGGGGGUCAGUUCCAUAAAAGAGGCCAGUUUCAGCAACCUCGUGGUCAAUUCCAGCCUCAACAUGGCCAGUUCCAUCCUCAACAUGGCCAGUUCCAUCCUCAACAUGGCCAGUUCCCGCCUCAACAUGGCCAGUUCCAGCCUCAACAUGGCCAGUUCCAGCCUCAACAUGGCCAGUUCCAGCCUCAACAUGGCCAGUUCCAGCCUCAACAUGGCCAGUUCCAGCCUCAACAUGGCCAGUUCCAGCCUCAACAUGGCCAGUUCCAGCCUCAACAUGGCCAGUUCCAGCCUCAACAUGGCCAGUUCCAGCCUCAACAUGGCCAGUUCCAGCCUCAACAUGGCCAGUUCCAGCCUCAACAUGGCCAGUUACACCGUCAUCGUGGGCAGUUACAUAAUUCCGGCCAAGGCCAAAAAAGUCAUCUGAGUGAAUCUCCUAGUGAAUUCAGUAACAGCCAGUUAACUCCUGAAGAAAUAGAAGCAAUCAAAGCCGUACUGAAGCAGCAACAGCAGGACAAGAAACCCAGUUCAACUCCUCUGGUAGUAAAUCCAAGCAAGACAACUUUUAAGAAAAAGAAACCAAAGAAACCCAAAGCUGCAAAAAAUACUAUUUCAGCUAAUAAUACCGUAAUUGACUCCAGGAUUCCUGAUGACAGUGAAGAGGAAGAUGAAAAAAAAAGUGAUGUUAAAUCAUCAGAAAAUGAUGGCGAGUCUGCUGAUUCAGGAGCUACUGGUGGAAACAGUAUAACAGAUCCUAAGAAGAAACCGAACAGUAAGAAAAAACAAAAAAGCAAAGACCAGACUGCUGCUCAGCAGAAGCCCAUAGGCUUAUCUGAACUGGAGCUGUUUGUAGCUUCAGGUUUGGACCUGCCACAGACUUCUAAUUUGAAUAUGAAUGAUAAAGUGGAAGAUUUAAUGCUGAUAGGAAAAGAAAGUGACGGUAUUGUAACAUGUCAACCACAGACAGUGAAAGAGCUCACUGAAUUCAAACAGAGGUAUCCUAAUGCUCAGGUCAUCAUUGUGAAAACUUCAGAGCAGAAGUGAUGGACAUUAUUCUAAGUGCAGAAAGGUUAUGGUCUUUCAUAACCUUGUAUGUGUCUCUAGAACAGUAAUUUAUAAUGAGGCCACAGAAAUCCCAUGGAUUGGCCCCCUCCUCAUCUCUUGCGAGCAGUUACACUUCCCCCCCUCCAGCUGUACUGGUUCUGUUUACAGGAAUGCUGGUAGUGCACUAGCAGAAAGUAUGUUGGCUGGCCGACAGGCCAGAGGUAGACAGACAGGGAAGUCUUGAACCCUGUCAUCCUCACCCCUCAUGGGAUUUCUUUCUGUGGCCUCAGUAUAAGGUGGUGGAAUAUAAUUUUGAGAAAAAAACAGUCUUUGUGCAGCUGCCACAUUAUGUCUACAGACUUGUAUAAGCAGCACUUCUUUGUAAUAAGUCAUAACUUCAUUUUAAAUGAGUAACAUUAAAGCUCCAAUAAGCAAUUUGGACGAAGUUAUUUUUGAUUAUUUUAGUGUUUACAGUGCUACAUAAAUUGUUGAGAUUGAAGAUUCUAUUGCUAUUUUAAAUUGUGGAAUUUCAACUGUGGCCGCCUGGGUUGUGACACCAUAAUUGUAGGUGAUUAUCAAUGUUUUGGAGGAACCUAUUGCCUCUAUCUUAACAAUGAAUCUCAUAAUUAAACAGUGAUUCAUAUACUUUGUGGUAUUUAGUAGUGACUGUUUAUAGUACUAAAAUUUAAUUGCAGAUUACUAAUGAAGAAUGAAUAACUGAGAUGAAGUCAAUCAGACCAUUACAUCUGACCACAGUCUACAGAAUUGUUGAAAGAGCUAUUACAUACUCCUUUUUUAACAUUACUGUACACAAUAAGUAUGUUACAUCAGUGUACUCUUAUAUGAAAUACAUUGUUCAACCGUUCUUAGUAAACUUAGGACAGCCAAUAUUUGUUAUGGGAGGCAUAUAUAUAUAUAUAUUUCUGAAUUAUGAGGCCAGUGAGCUAUAAAAUAAUAAGAUAUUCACCAUGAAUGACUCAUCAAGUAUGUCAGUGUUGGUCUUCUGGGUUGUAAUGCUGUGUGGAUUUCUAGGUAGAUACCUAAGUUUACAACCCAGAAGACCAAUAUCACCCAUUUUCACAACUUUAUAACUUUAAAUUCAACUUGAAAUGGAAGCCAUGGUAGAGUACUUGCUGUAAGUCUUUUCUUUUACUACUUCACAUAUAACUGUAAAUUAGCCUCAACAUUUGAAAGUUUGUAUUUAGCAACAAUAUUUAUACAAUGACUGAUUAUAAUGGGAAUAAAGUACAAAAUAUGGAGAAUUGAUUUA